AUGACCAGACCGCAGAUAAUCCGGGCAGAUACCAUCGACUUGCAGGGCAACCGUUUCCAAUCCAAUCAAGACCAGACACACAACCAGAGCCACCCAGCUUCGUCAGAAGGAAAUCGAACAGCACCCCACCAAACUCUUGCAAUGCAAAAUGCGGAGAAAGAGGUCAGGGAUGAGUUGGUUCAAAGCCCCAGGGUCUCUGGAGACCACAGGCACCCUGAUGACUCUGGAGACGAAAUGAAUGGCCAUGACCAGGGGGCGCAUCAUGACGGCGUUGAUCACUAUCCAAACGGCCAUACGUCGGCAGAUGAAGGAGAUACUACAGAUGGCGAAAGCGACGACCAGCUGGAUGAUGAUAUGAUGGAUAAGAUAUCUAGUUCUCCAUCUAUUGAUGAUGACGCCCUUGCGUCGGGAACGGCGCAUGGUCACUCGGGACGGGGAUUAGGGUUAGAAGAUAUUGAUUUCGAAUUUGUCUACGCUCUACAUACUUUCGUAGCCACUGUCGAAGGGCAGGCGAAUGCCACGAAGGGUGAUACAAUGGUCCUUCUGGACGACAGUAAUAGCUACUGGUGGCUUGUUAGGGUUGUGAAGGAUGGUAGCAUAGGUUGGCUCAUCACAUCCGUAGAUUCCCUGAUGUCGCUACUAACAGUUUCAGGUUAUCUGCCCGCUGAACAUAUCGAGACCCCAACAGAACGCCUGGCGCGUUUGAACAAGCAUAGAAAUAUUGAUCUCUCUGCUACAAUGUUGGGGGAUAAUGCAGAAAAAUCAAAGAACCCACUGAAAAAGGCCAUGCGAAGGAGGAACGCAAAAACCGUCACUUUCACCUCUUCUCCGGUUUACCAUGAACCAUCAGAUGUCGAGUAUUCUACCGAAGAAGAGGACGAAGCAGACGACCCAUUCUUUGACAACGACAAUGAUGAUGAAAAUGUUAAAUCAGACACGAAUGCUGGACGAGAAGAAGCCCAAAAUGAAAACAUCGUUGUCGAGCCUCUUCGGCCCAAAGUACAAACAGAUAAUGACGGUUCAAACGCACAUGAAGCUGAGCCCGGCCGAGAUAGUAGUCCUGAGAGGGUUCGGGCAAGCGAGGAUUCAUUGGACAAAUUAGACGACAGUCCUGCUGGCAGGUCCCGCAACGGUGUGGUGCGGAACACAGAUUCGUUCUUCAAGGAUGAUAGCCUCGAGACCAAAAAGAUAUCACUGACUCCAAACCUCCUACGUGAUGAUUCGAAUGAUAGAACUGCAGCCACAAAUGAGUCCAAAGAGUCAAAAGGACGUGGAAGUUUUGACGCCUUUGAUAAAAUCAUCCCCUCGGGAGAUAAAGCCAAAGAUGACAAAAAACGAAAGGAGAAAAAACCAGGCAUGCUUAGCGGCUUAUUCAAGAGGAAAGACAAGAAAAGUAAAACCAUUGAUGAUGAUAUGGAAGAGCCAGAGAAGAUCUCUGAAGAAUCGACACGCUCGACAACACCUCCGAAGACAGUUAGUGAAUCGCCGAAAGAAGAACGCUCGUCUUCAAAAUCCCAGAACGCAUUCCAACGACAUCCAAGCAAACUGCAGAAAACGCCACCCGAUGGUUCUCCUGUUAAAGUUGACAGCAUGCAAACAAUCGCCCAGCAAGGACUCAGCAAUGACUCCACUUCCAGAGCAUCGCCAGUGAAGGAUAUUUCCGGUACUUCAGUACGGGUAGUUCCACCCGACGCACAAUCUGAUGUACCACAACCUCUUCGUGUCAGAUCUCCAGAAGCAACUCGCAUAAAGCCGGCAGAUUCUACUUCUCGAGACCAAAUUGAUCCGAAUUCGGAUCUCCGGUUGAAAACCAUUUCUCUUAACACGUCGGUUUCUCCUGUUGACGUUUCAAAAACGCCAUCACCCGGUAUCCAAAGCACCCCGAGCAAGGAAACUGUUCGAUCCGCGUCUAUGCCUGAGGAAACGGAUGAAUCUGCGGAUUCUCCGGUUAACAUACCAUCUCCAGAGGAGCGAAGCCGUAAUACUCCUCCGGAUUUGACAACAGAUACUUCGUCAAUUGAUGAGCCACACAAUCCAUCACCCUCCCCAACACCGUCUUCUCCCGAGCUUGUUGAACAGCCAGACGACAAGCUAGAAAGCAACAGCGCUCCGACUCCGUCAACCAACACACCAACUUGGAGCGAGGCUAGCCUCCGUUCUUAUCUUGAUGAUGACACCGAUAUCCGGGAUCUCCUCAUCAUUGUCCAUGACAAGUCUAAUGUGGGAACGGCAGACCCCGAUCAUCCGAUAACUGGAGGUCUAUUCAAGGAAGAGAGCAAGGGGCUUAAUGAAAUGUCAAUUCGGCUCGAUGAGCUGUUAACCGGCUGGGUGGCUCGGAAGUUGAGAGCGUCUAUGGCGAAAUAG